UCUUUGGCUGAAACCGCGAAUUUUCAAUUAUGCGCCAAGAUGAGUGUCCGUUGACGAACCCUUUAAAGUGUUCAAAGUCAUAUACUGUGUUUGAGUCAAACAGACUGAACUGUUAAAGAUCGUUUGUCUGCUUAAUGCACGAUUCCUUUGUUCUGUGGUUAUUGUUUACGAUCCAUUGUUAUACCCUCUUGAAUCACGAAUUUGCUCAUUUAGUUUUAUGAUGACCCAAGUCAAAGAAGAUGCAUCAAACCUUUCUCUUCACGUAGGCCGAGAUGAAUUGCUGUACUAUAUUGAUGCUUUGUUACGUUAAACGAUGAGUUCAUUACUUAGCAGCUUACUCUUAAACAUUCAAUACGUUCGUCUAAACAACUUAAUUAACAAUACAUUCGAGCAGUUAAAUGAGUAGUCAUGUAUAAAAUCACUGAUUUUUGUCGUUUUAUCAUCGAAGUUAGGACGGUUCGACCUCUUCAAAUCUUCAGGUCUGUUGCACUUUAUCAGAAUUGACGUCAGUAUGAGUCGUUGUCACAUUUUCCUCAAGAGGUGAAUCUAAUUAAGCUGAAGGUUGUAAUACUUAUUCCUAAUUUUCAAAAUGUCUUUUAACGGGAAUCACUAAAUGGAGAGGUAAAAUCUGUGGAUUGGAUUAUAGUUGAUGUAACGGUUUUGACCGGUUAAGUCCCUCAGCUUAAAGACACCACUUGAAAACAACGCCCUACACUAAUAGUUAGAAAUACGAUAGACAUGACCCUCUGGCUGUAACACGCGGCCAGAAAUUAACUCUGUUCCCGCUGAGAUAUAACUGUCCUGCGGAGACUUUCAAAUCCAAUUUUUGCUUUGUUGAUAGUUGUAAAAAGUGUUUCAUCUUGAGGAAAGGAAACCCGAAUAUUCCGUGACUCCCACAGCGAUAGUUCAAACAUUCAACGCGAAAAUUGAUGACAAACAUCCCAAAAAUGCUGAUUGUUCAAUCAUUUUCUAGGGUUCACUGCGGUCAUUGGGAAUCACUCUUAUCGCUUCUGUUGAGUCUGCAACUUCAGAGCGAAGACGGCUUUUAACGCGCCAACGUGAAAAUGUUGGCCGAGUUGGGCCAUAACAUCUUGCUGAGCUUAACAGCUCUACAAGCCACAAUUCUGGUCAUAUUGUUGAGAAUCGGCUCCUCCAUUCCCUAUGUCAAAGAACGCAUCCAGAAAUUCGAAGAGCGCAAUCUUCUGGUACCUUACCAAAAUUUUUGGGAUGAAUACGGCGGAAAGAAAAUGCUCGGAUGCGUCUUAAAGAUAAUGUUAGGAGAUGUGAACAAGACUGCCCGCUUGGGUAAUCUAGCACCAAAUUGCCGGCUUAUUUCAACUGAUGGUAAAGAGUGCAGGCUACUGGAUUUCGCUAAAGGCACGCGCCCACUGGUUCUGAAUUUUGGCAGCUGUAGCUGACCCCCAUUUUUCAUUAACUUUCUGAACAACUUCGCCAAAGUUGUUCAUGAUUAUGACGACGAAGUGGAUUUCCUUACUGUUUACAUCCUCGAGGCUCAUCCAACCGAUGGCUGGCGCUGGAAUAAUAAUGUCGAAAUCCCUCAACACAAGAGUUUAGAAGAUCGUCUUGCUGCGGCGGAAAUGUUGAAAAAAUCAAGUCGAUGCUCUGUUCCAAUCAUGGUCGAUGCGUUUGAGAACGAAGCUUCGAAAGCUUAUGGCGCGUGGCCCGAGAGACUGUUCAUUAUACAAGAUGGAAAAAUAGUAUACGAAGGGGGAACGGGUCCGUACAAUUACAAAAUAACAGAGGUGCAAAGCUGGCUGGAGAAGUACAAAGCGAGACUGUAGAGUGCUGCUAAUUCGGUUAUUAACUGUUAAAAAACGAACAAACAAAAGAAACACUUUUAAACAUUGUCGCACUUUUAAACGUUCGUGUUCUCCCGAGACCGGGUUUUUUAGUUCAGUCACAUGACUUAUGUAAUCUGUGUCCUAUGUUUCUCGUCUGACCCUGUCAACGUUUCACGAAUGACAGCCUCAGGGGUAAGCCUGCCCAAAUUGUGGGUCCCUGUGGCUCGAAGAUGAAAAUGCUGGCUUCACGGAUAAGAAAUGGAGGGAAAGGGGACGUGGCAACUCCCAAAGUAUGGUGCUACAUACGUCAUGUGAUCUAAACUAUUUAACCAUACUCUAAAGUAACUGUUACGUAGUUUUACUGAUAAGACGUACAUUGUAAAUCUGUGUAAUUGGCUCCUACUGAGAACGUUUGUUGUAGUUUGCAGUAGCGUUACUAUUACCAAACAACAUCAACCUUCAAAUCACAUCAAAAAAAACGAAAAAUGAUUCCAAUUGAAUUCCGCUGUGCAAGUUAGUUCUUAGUGAAAAGCAAGCAAAAAUGACAACGAAUUUAGACGGAAUCCAUUGAUUGUUUCCUGUUAUCGAAAUUUUUUUUCCCUUUUUGUAAGCUACCCCAUCGGACGAUAAACCAUGAAGACUAACCUUUCAGAAUAAAAAGUGUCCAACUUAGGAUAAAAAAUAAAUUAAAAUAAAAACAGAAAUAACCUUAA